AGGAACCUCAGCUAUGAGGAGCUUGCUAGACUCAAUCCCUUCUUCGACAAAAUCAUGGACCUCUGGAACAAAUCCGCGCUAGCCGCGAGCACAAUGGUAUCCUCGGAUGUCCCGUCGAUCACCUCUUCAUCGCAUUCGAUGCAUUCCGAAAAUGAUUCCUCCUUCGCCAGUGGCCAAUCGUCUACAUCACCCUUGUUGAAAGGAUGUCAAUCGUGUCUUGACCAGCAUGUCACAGAGCAGUCCCGCGUGGAGUUACAUCCCUCCCAGCACAUUGAGUCAGACUGGGUAGAUGCUUCUAUGAUUGAACCUCCCCUGAGACCGAUGAAGCCCUCGCACAAGAAGCUCUUCGGUGAAAAUGGCUGGCUUGGAUGUACCGCCGACAUGAAGGAUCUGCCGCGUGACAGGCAGAAAUUCAAGGGCUUGAGAGGAUUGGGCAGGAAGAUCAAGAAGCAAGUAGAAGAGCUCGCAGAGGAUGUGGCCAAGGCCCAUCCAAACCCUCUCAUUCAUGCGAGUCUUCGCCCAAGGAUUGUCCCCGAGUCGACCAUUCCCAUCUCGCUAGAUCCUCCCACCCAGGCCAAGCUGUAUUCGGAGAUGGAAGUCAUGAUCUGUGUCAGCGCAAACAAGUUCCUCCUGGAGCAGUACAAUGAAGGUCGCCUGUCCGAAGAAUCGAUUCGAAAGGUCACGAACUACUGGGGUGCGAAAAACAGGCCUCAGGUCAUCGAGUUCCAGUUCGACCAAGCCACCCAACGGCGACUGAUCCUGUCCAACAUCCGGACUCUGCGAUUUAGCGGGGAAUGCUCGACCAACCCUGUUCUCCUCAAAUCGAACCUGAAUAAUUGGAAGGCGGUUAGCAAGGAAAUGAGCGUUCGCACCUUCUGUGCCCCUGACAGCGCCAUCCGCAAGCAUAUGCACGACAUCCACGAGCUUCUCGAUAUGCUGGACGCCCCACUUGUCACCUAUAUCACUUUCGAGGAGUUGCAGAUGCGGACCCUGUCUCUCAUGAAGGUGCACCUGGAGAAACUUUGCCAGGCUGAUGGUGGUAAUGAGAAACUGUCUCAAUCAAGUUAG